AUGGCUCUCUACAACGCCGUCCCUCCACCACCUGAGCUCGCCUCAACCUCGACCCCUCCACCUCCGUCCUCGGCCACGGCAGCUCCCCGAGCAGCUCCCACCACGCCUCUCCGGACCCAGACGUCCGCGACAGGCAUUGACAUUGAUGCCUGGACCGUCUCGGCCCUGCAAGCUCUAUCCGUCUCCCCGGUGGCUCGUGGCACCGGCACGCCGCUCUCCAUCUCCCUCGACGCUAAGGCUGCUGCCGCCGCCGAUAAGGCCGUCAAGUUCCAAGAGGGCCAUGCUGAAGCCGACACACCCCGUCGACCCCUUUCGCGACGCGACUCCCUCAAGAGGCGCGAGGCUCUGCUCAAGGGCAACGAAGGAUCGCGACAGAGGCGACGAUGGGAGAACGACCGCCUUGUCGGCGUGCCGAACGCGCAGCCCCCGCUCGAGAGCGACUGGGCGCCGCGCGCGACGUACCCCACGCGCAACGUGCCGUACGCGCUCGCCAACUUUUGGGACAUGGGCCUGCGGCAGAGACAGGACGACGAGGCCAUGCAGAGGCUCCUACAGCGCAAGGCCAAGCAGGUCUCCGCCGGGCGCGCGACGGGCACGCGCAAGGGAGAGGUCUCGCGGGAUCUGAGGGAGACGGUCAAGAGGAGCCCCAUUGUCAAGACUUGGGUGCGGGGGCUGGAGGAGCCCGUGCGUGACUAUCUGCGUGGCGAGUGCGAGCAGGACACCGACUCGGAGGACGAGGAGAUUGUCUUUGUCGGGAGACGGGGCGCCGAGGAGAAGAAUGGCGGCAGCCGGUGGCGCAUGGCCAACCGCAACGUGCAGAAAGAGAUGGUGGAGCAGGGCAUGGUGUUUGACGACUUUGGCGACGGCGAGGGUGCGUCCUUCAAGCGCUGGCUCACGCACUCCAUCUCGGACUACUAUGGCCUCGAGUCGCGCUCCGUCGUCCUGACGAACCCCUCGCGCAAGGUCGUCUACGUCGGCCUCAAGAAGGUCCAGCAGCGGGACGGCCUGUCCAUGAAGCACUUUCCUCGGCCAAUGUGGGAGCUGUGCUGA